AUGAAGGUGGAAACGAUGUUUUCCAGCGCGGUUAAGAUAGACCAGCUUAACGACUUCCUCAACCUCAGCGAGGAAUGCGUGCUGCCCGUUGGAAAGAGCGGCGAGAGCUACGAGGUCAAGCUGCACGAGAAAGCCGCGCCGGGCGCUAACAAGCUCCAGCUGGCCGCUGCCGACAAGGACACGAAGCGCAUCGUCGUCGGAAUCAGCGACUGUAUGUCCUGCUCAGGCUGCCUUACGUCGUCGGAAGAGAUCAUCCUCAAGGACCGUGGCUACGAGGAUAUCGCGCGAAAAAUACGGCAGGCGGACGCAGCCGCCGUCUCUAUCGCAUCGCAAACCGCCUUCAUGUUCGCCGCCACGUACAACGUGACCUACCAGACGGCGUUCCGGAAACUCGCAUACCUGCUCAAAUGGCUGGGCGCCAAGCGGGUAUACGACAUGAGUCUCGCGGAAGCCGUGGCUCUGCACGAGGCGAAGUUGGAGUUCCGCGACACCGUGGCCGCGUCGCUGGAUGCCAAGGCGCGCAUCAAGCUGCAACAGGGCGGGACCCUGGAACCAGCUGACGUCGAAACCGCCAUGAGGAGUGGCACCAACGCCGCGGCAUCAGGGCGGGGCACCGACUCUGACGCAGACGACGGUGGGGGUGACGAGCGGGGCCAACCCGGCAUGCCCAUCAUAGCUGCGCACUGCCCCGGUUUCGCCACGUACGCCGAGAAGAACCUCGACCUGACCGUAGUCUCCCACAUAAGCAGGGUGGCGUCGAGCCAGCACAUACAGGGCGCCUUGGUCAAGACCCUGGGCAGCUUUGAGCUGGCCGCGCAGCGCUCCCGCGUGCCUGUGGAACCCACCUCUGGCGUGUUCAACGGGCCGUACGGGGGACUCGUUGAAACCCUGAAGAGCGUGGGGAGUUACGCCAGACGGCGCAACAUUGAGAUGAAGCCCAUAUACCACGUUACAACCGCGCCGUGCUAUGACAAGAAAAUCGAGGCCGCGCGAAGCCAAUCGGACAAGAACCUCAAAGGCAUAUACCAGCACCUUGGAUUGCAAAAUGAAAGUUUUGCGGGAGAUGUCAAGCUUGUGGACGACGUGCUCUCCACGGGCGACCUCCAGAAGAUCAUGGAGCUGCACAACCUGGACUUCCGAUCGAUGCCCGAGGCCGACCUGGAUCGGGUGUUCUCGGACAAGCACGCCUUUUUGUUUUCCAAGCUUUUCGAGCAGGAUGUCAAGCUGCCGCCACGCCACGACGACAGUUACGUCAGACCCGGGAGUACCCAGGCGCAGUCGGGUGGCUUCGCCGAGGAGAUCAUGAAAUUCGCGGCCCAGUCGAUCGUGAAAGCUGACGAGGUGCCUUCGUUCACGGAGACGCUGAACCACGACUACCAGGAGGCCACACUCAGGGUCGGCGGCAAGCCCGUCAUGACGUUCGUGCUCGCCUACGGGUUUAGGAACGUGCAGAACAUCGUACAGAAGCUCAAACGGAAGGCCCAGUCGGGAGCAUGCCUCAUGGCCUACAUCGAGGUGAUGGCAUGCCCCGGCGGGUGCUUCAAUGGUGCGGGGCAGGUGCUGACGCCGCCUCCCGCCGAUAAGAGCUACCUCAACAACUUCAUGAAGUGGGUGCGGAACGAGGGCGUGGCGAGGUCAACUGACAAGGCGAUGAGGCUGUACCACACAGCCUGUCGCUACGCCAACACCAGCGACCGUGAGGACGUUAAGGCCAUCUCCUCCACCGUCAUUCCCGUUUUGAACAGGCUGGCGGCUGUCAACCUCAUCGCAACGAGAGUGCAGAACCAGGCCGAUAACGCAACGCGAUCGGCCGCCCUCAAAUGGUAG